CCUCCCUAGAACCGAAAAGCUGGGUUUCGCUCAAUUCGUUUUUGUGAGUUUAAUUUUUAGUCAUGUCUCCAAAGAAUCCGAAAAGCAUAAAGAAGGAAUACCAAACACGCCCUCAGUUUAAGCUGCGCUCGAGUCGCAAAAACAUCAGGGAUAAGUUUCGCACUCUGCCGAAAAGAGAUAAGGAUGAAUCGCCCGGAGAGUUGGAUCAAGAAACGGCUGAUGGUGUGCGGGUCAAAGUUGACAACGACUUUUCAUUUGUGAGCUAUGAAGAAUUCCAGAAAUAUGUAGAUAAUCUCUUCGACAUUGUGUGGCACCUGAAGCUCAACGACCCCGAGUAUGUGCCCAUGGGCUUUGAGGAAUGUGCUCAUGCCUAUUACUUGGCAUUUUAUCUAAAGCCAGAGAUUCGUGAGCGAUACAAGUACAGACUAAACCCGUGUACGCGGACCAUCAGUGCUCGCCUACUUGCAAUACCGACUCGCGAGCAAGCCGAGAAGCUGAAGCAAAAUUUUCCUCAGUUUAAAAUCUCCGAAUUGGUCGAAGAAACGGUUGUUGCUCCUGUCAGCUUUCAGUUUUUCCAAAGUUACAUCAAGAAUCUAGAGGAAAUCAUCGAGAAAAUGCGGAGCGAAGACCAGUUUAAGUAUUUAUCCAAAGAAAAGUGUGCCAGGGAAUACUUCAGGCUGUUCUACAGCUCGCCUGAAAUACGCGAGCGAUUCCAGGUUAAACUAAAACCAUGUCCCAGAACAGUACGGGAAACAUUGCUGAGUCAACCGACCUGCUCAGUUAUUGGUGAAAGCAUUGAGGUACCUAUGGAACUUGAUAGCUUUGAUCUGCCAUCCGAUCAACCUUCAGAUCAACCAAAGCGCAACGAUACGCACAGAGAAUCUGUAAAUGAACCAGUGAUAACUUUUGAAGGCGUCACUCACAAAUACCCCAUAAGCCCGCAAUGCUUUUGUGAGAACAUCAACUACGACCACAUGAUUUGCCAGCUCAGGGAAACACAGCAAUAUAAUCAAAGGAAAGGUCUUACGACGAUUCUUACGGAUCAGCAGUUGAUGCAACGCUUCUACCAUGGCUUCUACACAAUCAAGGAAGUCCGCCAAAUCUAUCACUACACUUUCAAAGCUGAUCACCCCGUGCUGCGGAACAGGCUUCUUCAGUUUGCCAAGUGGGUGGGCCCAUCGGAAUCAAAUCGGGCAUCGAAUGUAGUUGAAAAGGAAGCUGAACAGAAUCCAGCUGGUCCAUUGGAGGCAGCUCCUGUAACCUUUUCUAAGAUACGCGAGUCGACUGUGGUCACCAUCGAGGGCGUAUCCUUUAAGUAUCCGGUUAAGAUAAAAACAUUCCUGAAAUACAUAAACUUUAGAGAUAUAGCGAGAGAGUUGCUAAGCAAAUCGCAAACAAAAUUAUCCGCCAGGAAAUUGCUGCGCCGCUACUAUCACUCCUUUUACAUGAAAAAUUACAAUCGGAAUACUAUUAAUUAUAAAUUUAGUGAGAAAACCCCCAAAACGCUGCUAAAAAAGCUAAAUGCAUUUGCCAUUCCUGUUAAUACAGAACAAAAUAAUGAAAAAAUGACACUUGACAGGUAAGAAACAAU